CCUUGUUCGUGCUGUCAGCGGCGAUGACGAGUAUUUUGGUCGCUGCGAAUUGUUUAUUCCUGCAUUUAGUGAACAUUCACGUCGAAUAAUCAUGGAUGUGAACCAGUUGGAACAUUUAAUGCGUAAUUUAGCGAUUAAGGAGACCCGCACCAACAGUCUGGACGUGCUGGAGAGCAAGCUGGCCGAUGUAGACCAGGAAAUAUACGAGGUUAUGCUAUGCUCCGAGGGUCUGUUCAAGUUUCUGGCCGAUGCAAACAGCGAUCAACACACAACAGCAUCGCGCAUUAUCUACGACAAAGCGCUUGAGUUUUUCCCCAACGGAUCGGUUGUGAUUGAUCAGUUUAUCGAACGAUGUCUAACCCAUCCGAAGAACACGGUGAAGCAGUUCGGUUUGCGUGGAGCUGCCGCUAUGGUGUACCAUUCGGCGGCAAUAUCCCCGAACAACAUUCAGCUCAUUAUUCUGCACUGUCUCCCGAUGAAGGAGGUGUACGUGAACACGCUGCUUACUGUGCUGGUAAAAUCGUUGCCACCAAUCUUCACCGAACCGGUCGUACAGAAGAAUUUAGUGUCGGUGCUGGAGUUUGACGAAACCAUUCGAUGCCGUGUGUAUGAAAUAGUGUGCACAAUUCUCGAGACACAUCCGGCUUACCUACAGCUGGCGGAUCCGAUCAUUGCACGCGCGUUGAUCGAUUUGGAGAAGGAUGACGUGCUGCUGCAGACGAGCGUUUUACAGAUUUUGACGCAAUUGCUUGCCACCAAGGAAGGUUACGAUUACGUCGAGGCGCACGAUCUGUUCCGGAAGGUGUGCACCAACUUCGUUCCGGACAAAGUAACACCGUACGUUCGGUUUGUGCUACCAAAUGCGCUGAAGUUCCUUGCCAGUGCGGCACUGAUCCAGCCAGCCCUGUUUCUCGCUCGCCAUCCGGGAUGGGUCACGUUUAUGUUCGACAUGACAUCACCCGAAGAUCCGAUGCUGAUGGCCAUCGCAUACGACUGUCUGGGCAUGGUUGGCUCGUCAAGUGAGGGAAAAGUUUUCCUAAAUUACCAGAAGCUCAAAAUGGAAAAGUUUCUGAAGGAGUUCCCGGGCGUGCUGCACUCAACGCUGGAAGCUUACAAGGUCCGGUUGAUCGAAUGCCUGACCAAUCUGCUCUCGGGCGGCAGCGAACCGAUUGACAACAUGAUCUCAACCAUUACCCAGGAGUGGUACGAAACCAUGACGGAAAGCAACCAUCUCGAUAUGGUGCAGGAACUGUUUAAGGUUCCGUUCCCCAACAUAAAGAUGGCCGCGCUGAAGCUGCUCUCGGUCAUCAUCGACCAUCGCUGGGGACAGCUGUUUUUCCAGAACACUGCCGGCUUUUCCGAGCUGCUGCUGAACCGCCGGAUGGACAACGACGUUAAUGUUGCGCAGUUCAAGUACGAUGUGAUAAAGAAGCUGUCCCAGUGUGCGGCCCUGGACAGUUUUGUGGGCAAUACGCUAAAGCAGUACGUGUCGGAGGGUGCAUUCUAUCGUAAGGCGGUCGUCGAGGUGGCCAUCGAGGGCGAUCAAUGAUUGCGCGCGUUUUUCUCAUUCGCACCCUUAUACACUUUAUUGAUUUUGUUUUACAUUUUCCAGCCGUGUUAUAUACGUGUCAUAAAGGAAUAAACUUACGAACUUACAGCGUCAUAA